AUAUGACAGAUUUGGUAAUGAAAAAUCCUUGAUAGCGGAUCAGUGCUUUUAAAAUUCUCAAUAUAAAGGAUUUGGAUACUUUAUGCUAAGGACUAUUUUUACAAGAGCAAUGUCUUCUAAAAGUGCCUUAGUUAUUCUUGCACCUGGUGCAGAGGAAAUGGAAUUUGUAAUUUCCGCAGAUGUUUUAAGAAGAGCAGGGAUUCAAGUUACUGUAGCCGGACUUGAAAAUAGUGAAGUAGUAAAAUGUUCAAGGGAGGUUAUUAUCAAACCUGAUGCUAGUUUAGAAGAUGUGAAAAAUAAUGAUUUUGACGUAAUUGUCUUACCAGGUGGAUUAGGUGGUGCUAAAGCAUUUGCUUCAUCUAAAAUUGUUGGAGAAUUAUUAAAAAAGCAAGAAUCAGCAAAUAAAAUUAUUGCAGCCAUAUGUGCAGCACCGAUUGCCUUUGAUAGCCACGAUAUUGGGUUAGGUAAAAAGAUAACAUCGUACCCCGCCUUCAAGGAUCAACUCUCAACCAAAUUCAAAUACAUUGAAAACGAAAGUGUAGUAAAAGAUGGGAAUUUUAUCACAAGUCGCGGCCCAGGAACGGCUUUUGACUUUGCACUGAAAAUAGCAGAAGAACUAAAUGGAGCUGAUAAAGCAAAAGAAGUUGCCAAAGCGAUGCUGCUAGCUUAGUAUGUUUUCGAUUUAUAAUAUCUACUUUGCUUGUGCUCCAUUAAAGUUACCUUGAUUUUAUUUAAAUUUA